AUGGUGCUAGGUUUGAAGAAGAAACAGCACAGAGUGCCUGAUUUGUCUCGCUAUGAUUACUAUUACGAAAAUGAAAGGGAUGUAAACAGGAGUCACCGUUUGUCGGCAGCCGCAGCAGCUGCAGCGGGGCGAAGCCACUCAAUGGUUCAUGGACCUACCCGAACCAUGCAGGCGCGAACCAGCGUACAACCUUAUCGAAGUUACAGCCUGCGACCUCAUAGUGCUGCUGGAGUGUCUCGCACUCAGGGUCCUGAGCGACUGAACUCCUUUACACAGCGACGUGGCCCAACAUCGCGGUCAAAUUCCAUGGCUAGCAACCCUGCAUCCAUCACAGUGAAAACUACUGAGGUUAAGGAUCUGCAGGGUAGAACGCGUUCCAUCACGAAACAAACCGUCCGCCGGAUCAACGGCUAUGAGUACGUUGAAACAACCACGACAACAACAACUGCUGCUCCCGCGCAAGACCCAGAGAAGCACUUUGACGAAUUCACAACAGAUUUUACCGACGACCUAUCCUUUCAAGAUCAACAAAGUGGCCAACGUCAACACUCAUUAGUAGGGUCUCCUCCACUGGUGAAUAUGAACUCUUUUAGUACAACGAGCAAACUUGAUGUCGAGGAGGAUGAGGACGAUAAUGCGGAGUUCAGCGACGCCAUGGAUUAUCUACCACCAGAAAGGCGUUCAACCCGAAAAAUCAAGGCGAAAAAGGCUACAAAGGACCUCACUCGGCAGCGCAAACCUCUGAACGAUCAAGAGAUGUAUGCAAAGGCGCUUGAAGCUGCCAAGAAAAAAGUUUAUGGGGAGAGGAACCCAGAAGCAGCGGUGUCGGCUCCAACUUCGGGCCCCAAUCCGGUGGCUAGGAUGACCAGUCUGCGCGACCCUCCUCCUAACGCAUCUACUGGUACAGCACAAACUGGUGGCACCAGAAAAUCAAGGAGUCUCAGUAGGAGUAUAUCACAGAAGCUCUUUAAACAUCCUCCAAACGAGCCACAGUCUAUUGAAAGCGUUGAAAAUGCAGCGCACUCGUCAGAUGUACCACAUCGAAUGACUGAUGACGAAAUGUAUGCGAAGGCAUUGGAGAUUGCGCGCAAAAAAUAUGCUGCACAACAGGAGCCUCCUCUUCAACCAAACCUAGUUAAUACGAUUGUGGAAGAACCAGAAGAUGUUGUCACUGCUGAUAUUGAACCUACAGAUCACAAAAACGAAACUUUUGCCAGUCCGCACAUGCCCUCUUUUGCCGCUGCAGGGACUUCUUCAACGGCUGCCAUACCAACAAGAAACGCUAUUGAAGAAGACGGUGUAAAGACCUCACCCAAGAAAAAGUUCAAAAGCUUUUUUAGCAAGGUUGUUCAAUUUAGCCAAGAGAAUUACGGUUAUCAACCAAAGAAGGAUUCAACUGCAGUAAAUAAUAACAUGGGCGAAGUCAAAGAGCCGGACAUGAUGCAUAAGAAAAAAGUCGUUGGGCAUUCAAAUGGCACUGUGGCCACUGGUACUCACGGAUUUGAAGGAAUCGGGGAAGAGCGUGUAUUAUCCAAUUCAAGUCCCCCUUCCGCUCCCGUAACAGCUUCUGGACCUGUCUCCUCGUCAAUUCCUACCUCUGCCUCGCUGAACUCUCAAGCCAAUAUGUCUCGUCAAAGCAGCUACGUGCCAAAUACUGGAAGCGUUCACACACCUGUCGCUAAUGAUUCGCGCUUGAGUGGAUCUUCUUACUCACCGGAGAGUCCGGAAAUCACCUCAUCUUUCGUUGCUCCAAAACAGCACUUCGCACACAGCUCUAGGACGAAUUCGAGCGUCAAAAGCAAUUCUAGAAAUACAGCUUCUUCGAAGCAUAGCAUGCGCGAGUCGCUUCGAGACGAAGAGCCUGCUAUGCACACUACUGUUGUUCAGGGGGUAGCUACUGUUACCAAGAUUGAGCCGACGUCUCCAGUUGUAAAUGGUCUAGUUUUGGAAGGAGGGCAAGCAGUCCCCGAAACUCCUAUGUCAGAAGUUAGUGAUUCACGAUUUACUACCGCAUCUCCAGUUCCUGAAGAAUCUCCUGAAACAUCAAGGAAUGGAACGAAAAAGCCUACCGCGAAACCAAAGAAGAAAACAUUGCUCUCGAGAAUUUUCAAACGCUCUUAG